AUUCAUUUUGAAAAAAAUUUUUUCCCAUGACAGUAUCCCUUUAACAUAUAAAAGUUAAUACCUGCACCGAUGUUCUGGAUGCCAACAAAGGGUCACAAGUGUUUACCAUUAAACAGUCAAAUGAUAUGUAAAUAUUUCAUUGAACAUAAUGUAGUUACAAUAACUAUUCAUUAUUCACUUUAGCUCUUGAAGAACAGCAGUGAACAUCUUGGGGUUUACGGGAAGUGGAAAGAAGAAGAUUGGUGCCCCCUAUAAAACCUAUAAUUAAAGCAAUGCAUGAAUUUAACGAGGACUGGAAGCUUUCAGGAAUACAACGAAUAUAUUACAACACUCUAGUCACAGCAUUUGGAGGGUUUGGCUCAGAAAAUGGAAAAUGUAUUUGGCCAACUGGUGUGUGCAACACAUUUGAAGGUGAUCUUGCAAUUAAAGAUAGUGGCAAUAAUCAAAUCCAUAUUUAUACCCUUCAUGGACUGCAUAAACAAACAUUUACUUAUGGCUCAGAAUCAACAAAAUGCUUUGGUGAUAUAGCCUGCACCCAGGAAGGACUUUUUCUGGUGUCUGAUGGUUCCAAAGGUAUUAAAGUGUUCUCUAAAGAAGGCAAUAUGAUCCACCUUCUAAAGUCACCUAAAACUGACUGGAAACAUUCAUAUGGACUAGCGGUAUUAAAUUCCAACAGUCUAGGAGUUACAGAUUGGACAGAUGGUGGUAAAGUGCAUAUAGUUUCAGUAGAUUGGAGAAUGAAUGCUAUUCUGAGGACCAAUGUUGUUGACGGACUCCGUAGACCCGAGUAUAUUGCAGCUACUGAGGAUGAAGAUUUGCUGGUUACAGAGGGGCAGCUCUUUGGAAAGCACAAAGGUGGAUGUAUUAAGAUAAUAGACAGUGAACGAACACUUAAGAAGAUAGUUGGACCUACAUAUGGCAAACAGAAGCACUUCAUCAACCCAUCGGGAGUGUGCGUGGAUACCAAUGGGAACUUCUUUGUAGCAGAUAAGGGAAAUAACAGUGUCACUUUGUUUAGCCGUGAUGCUUCCCUGUGUGCUCAGGUAGUUUCUCAGGACCUAGAGGGACCAAGUGGCAUUGCAAUAACAAAGAGCGGCCUUCUGGUUGUGACUGACUGUUACCACCACUGUGUAAAAAUGUAUAAAUAUAAACAGAGCUUACAUUUUUAG